AAUUCAUAAAUGGAACUCGGAGGAGAUAUUUUUGUUUUUCUUAAAUUUGACUUGGACAUUAGUGCUGGCCGUUUUUGAAAUAACAUAUAAAUAUUUGAGUGUUAUUCUGUUGUCUGUGAUAAUGGCCGCUAUUUUGUAUGGGAUUUAUAGAGCAUAUUGGAAUCCUGGAGUUGUGAUUCGGGAAUUAACAGACAUAGGGUUUAGCCAUAUACCAUACAUUAAAGGGGUAGAUAGAGAUCUGCAUAUAACCAGGUCUCAAGCAAACAGACCCCUAGGUCAUAAAAUACCCCCACCAUAUCCAAAUGGCUGGUACGCGCUGGUUGAGGGGAGGGAUUUAAAGAUCGGAGGGGUUACUUCUAUAGAUGCUUUAGGGCAAACAUUUUGCGUCUACCGCGGCGAAGAUGGUGUUGCCAGAGCUGUGGAUGGAUAUUGUCCCCAUUUAGGAGCAAAUUUGGGCAUCGGUGGGGCCGUUAAGGGCAACUGCAUAGAAUGCCCCUUUCACCACUGGAGGUUCGGGGAAGAUGGGGCAUGCUCUUAUAUACCUGAUAUAAAAAAUAUACCCAAAGGUAUAUCAAUAAAAACCUGGCAGACCAUGGAAACUGAUGGAGCGGUAUGGGUCUGGUAUGACGCGGAGGGGCGGCCCCCGCUAUGGACGGUUCCUGAGCUCGAGGAGACCAAAUCGUGGGGGUAUAGGGGCAGGAAUGAGUUUCUUAUUAGUGCUCACAUACGAGACAUUCCCGAAAAUGCAUCAGACGCUGCACACCUCAACUCCAUCCAUAAACUCUCAUUCAUGACGGACAUUGGCGGGAAAAUGCCGUUUCUAAAUAAUAUAGUUGGUCAUCACAUCUGGCGGACAGAAUGGAUGAAGUCAGAUGACCCACAUGUAGCUGAAAUGAAGAUCGAUCAGAGCUACAUCAUCAUGAACUACAAUGUAUUCCCGUUCAAUAUUUCCGUGAAACAGAUUGGCCCCGCCCACGUCCGUCUUCACUUCAACUCGAUCUUCGGCUCCACCGUAGUGGUACAGUCAGUCACACCGAUAGGCCCAAUGCUGCAGAAGGUGGUUCACAGGAUAUACUCGCCAGCUCGGAACGCUUUGUUCGGCGCGGUUCUUGUAUUGGCGGAGGCUUACCAGUUCGAGCGCGACGUGGUGAUAUGGAACAACAAGAGGCACGUGAGCGCGCCGCCCUACGUGAAGGCGGACAAGUCGAUCCGCGCCUUCCGCGACUGGUUCGCGCAGUUCUACAGCGCCGCCAGCGUCUCCAUGCGCGACGCGACGGCGCGCCCGCUCGACUGGUGACG